AUGCCGCCUGGCCCUGUUCAAAUUGUUCAGCCGGAGCUCAACAAUUUACAGGUUGAUGCUCCGGAAGAAACCCCUGCAACCAAACCUAUUGUUGGUAUUAUAUACCCACCACCUGAGGUCCGAAACAUUGUUGACAAAACAGCCAGCUUUGUUGCCAGAAAUGGGCCUGAAUUUGAAGCAAGAAUCCGUCAAAAUGAGAUCAACAAUCCCAAAUUCAAUUUCCUCAACCCAAAUGAUCCGUACCAUGCUUAUUACCGACACAAAGUUAAUGAGUUCAAAGAAGGCAAAGCCCUGGAACCAUCAGCAGCUGUGCCAAAGGUUAUGCAGCAGACCAUGCAACAGACCCAACAACUUCCCCAGAAAGUGCAGGUUAUCCAGGAAGCUAUCAUUCCCAAAGAGCCACCUCCUGAGUUCGAGUUUAUUGCUGAUCCACCAUCAAUUGCCGCAUUCGAUCUGGAUGUCGUGAAGCUCACGGCACAGUUUGUUGCUCGCAAUGGCCGUCAGUUCUUGACUCAACUCAUGCAGAAGGAACAGAGAAACUACCAAUUUGAUUUUCUAAGGCCGCAACACAGCCUUUUCAACUACUUCACCAAAUUAGUUGAGCAGUAUACCAAGAUUUUAAUUCCUCCUAAAGGCCUGCUGAUAAAGAUGAAGAAAGAGGCAGAGAAUCCAAAAGAGGUUAUGGACCAGGUGAGGUACCGUGUUGAGUGGGCAAAGUACCAGGAGCGUGAAAGAAAGAAGGAAGAGGAGGAAAGAGAGAAGGAACGAGUAGCGUAUGCUCAAAUUGACUGGCAUGAUUUUGUUGUGGUGGAGACGGUGGAUUUCCAGCCCAACGAGCAAGGACAUUUCCCCCCGCCCACAACCCCUGAGGAGCUUGGUGCCCGCAUCCUAAUCCAAGAGCGCUACGAAAAGUAUGGGGAGAGUGAGGAAGUUGAAAUGGAAGUUGAAAGCGAUGAAGAAAAUGAUGAUCGGGAGGUGCGGAAUGUUGGCCAGGCCUUGCAGCUGGAUCAAGACACCCAGGUCCAGGACAUGGACGAGGGUUCUGAUGAAGAGGAUGAAGGAAUUAAAGUGGCAGUGCCUCCCAGCAACCCAAUGCCACCCCCGCUACCCCCAACUCCAGACCAAGUUAUCAUUCGUAAAGACUAUGAUCCAAAAGCUUCCAAAGCGCCAGCACCAGUUGUCACGUCAGAUGAGUAUCUCAUCUCACCUAUUACUGGUGAGAAGAUUCCAGCUAGUAAAAUACCUGAGCACAUGCGUAUCGGUCUGCUGGAUCCACGCUGGUUGGAGCAAAGAGACCGAAGCAUCAGAGACCGUCAGACUGAAGACGAAGUUUACGCUCCUGGAAUGGACAUUGAUAGCAGCUUGAAGCAACUGGCUGAGAGACGUACUGAUAUCUUUGGUGUGGAGGAGACGGCUAUCGGUAAGAAAAUUGGUGAAGAAGAAAUCCAGAAGCCAGAGGAAAAGGUCACCUGGGACGGCCACUCUGGAAGUAUGGCACGCACCCAGCAAGCCGCACAAGCCAACAUCACCCUUCAAGAGCAGAUUGAAGCCAUUCACAAGGCCAAAGGGCUUGUGGGAGAGGAUGACAAUAAAGAGAAGAUUGGACCAAGCAAACCAAGUGACACUCACCACAUGCCUCCUAUGCCAUCAGCUGCGUCUCUUUUACCUAAACCGAGCCCUCCAGUUGCAGUUGUACAACGUCCCCCCACCAAUGUGGGCCCUCCCGUGCGCACCACUCUUUUGUCAGCUGUGCCUGUAAUACCAAGGCCACCUGUGGCUCCAGUUGUGCGCUUGGCUCCAGGACAAGUUUUAACAUCAAUGCCUCCAAUGAUUCCUGGUCCCCGCAUCAAUGUGGUUCCAAUGCCACCAUCGGCACCUCACAUGAUGGCUCCGAGACCACCUCCCAUGGUUGUUCCAGCUACAUUUGUUCCUGCGCCUCCUGUACCACAACCCCCAAAUGUUGUUCCUGCACCGCCCUCUCAUCCUCCAAUGCCUCAUGAUGAUGAGCCAAUGAACAAAAAGAUGAAGACAGAAGACAACCUUAUUCCAGAGGAUGAGUUUAUUCGCAGAAACAAGGGUCCAGUGGCAGUCAAAGUCCAGGUCCCCAACAUGCAGGACAAAACAGAAUGGAAGCUCGGUGGCCAAGUACUCAAUUUCACUGUCCCACUCACAGACCAGGUUUCUGUUAUUAAAGUCAAAAUCCACGAAGCAACAGGCAUGCCUGCAGGAAAGCAGAAAUUACAAUAUGAGGGCAUUUUCAUCAAAGACUCCAACUCUCUGGCUUAUUACAACAUGGUCACAGGUUCAGUCAUUCAUUUGGGGCUGAAAGAGAGAGGUGGAAGAAAGAAGUGA